GGGGUGGGGGGCAUUUAGCACGGAUGCAAAUGUUCUGGGACUCUGCGCCUUGCAUCUUGUCGUGCAGGUCGUAGAUUAUGCGAGGGUGUCCUGUUCACUUCCCUGCGGGGAGCUUAUUAAGACUCAGUCACGCUCAGCGUGGACAGACACUGCAGGGCACGCUCUGCCUCGUGCCACAGCUACGCCUUUUCCGUUAGCAUGCGCGUUUUAGGCCUUCAGUUCUCCUUACUGGUGUUUCUAGAUCGAUGGUGAUUUUUGUUUUCCUGAUUAGAAGAAAAGCGCAAACACGCAACUUGAAGACCUGACCUGCUCCGGAGCGGCAGAACAAAAUGAGUGUCUCACAGGCCUAUCAGACUGACCUGGAGGUAAUCUUGGAGUUUCUUGAAGAGCACUGCAGGCAAGAGUCUAGAAGAAAGGAAUUGUGGGAAAACUACGAUUCCCAUUUGAAUGAACACAUUGUUGGGGAGGGCUGCAGCAAUACGCCUGAACGCUUGGAUUCUUUGCGACUGCUUUCUGCGCCAAAGGUUCAACAGGACACCGGACCCCAUCUGAAGACGAAUGCCCUCGACCCUGCCGUGGCGUUUGGAAGAAGGGACUCGGUAAUCCAGGGUGUUUACAGCGAGCGAGCCGUAGACCCCUGUGCUGGCCCAGAGAGCAAUUUGCUCCAACAUGUGUCACGUGUGAAGUUCGCUGAAUCAUUGCCUAGCUCUACACCUGCAGGCAGAGAUGAACAGACAGAUGGACAGGCAGUGGCGCAAUGUCCUGAACGCGCCUCUGCUCCGACGAUUGCGGGGAGGAAGGUACGCCUCUUCCACUUCCUGUUCGAGAUGCUGGAGGAUCCCCGAAUGGCCCACUGCGUCUCGUGGGUGCCUGCGUCGGCGGGGGUCUUCCGCUUCUCCUCCGCGCACAAGGAGCGCGUGGCCGAGCUGUGGGGCCAGCGCAAGGGCAACAGGAGACCCAUGACCUACCAGAAGAUGUCCCGCGCCCUGAGGAACUACACCCGCUCAGGCGAGAUCGUCAAAGUGCGGAAAAAACUGACUUACCAGUUCAGCGGCACCACCCUGACGUCACUACGGAGUCAGCAAGGAAGGAAGGGCUGCCCACACUAAGAGCCACGCUCGCUGCCCAUGCCUUUACGACAAUGUGUAGGAUGCUGUGACUGUCCCUGGUUUGUCUGUAAUAACCGUAAAAGGAGCGAGGACCUAACCGGUCAGCAGACGAUCCCGCUAAGUGCCAAUGCUGCAUAAACCUAUGUUUUAAUUGAUAUCCAUCCACUGUAGAUAAUUGAAACAAUAACAACAAUAACAACUGUUUCUGACAUAAGAGCCAGUAAAACAAGUGCUGCUUCCUGUCUUUCAGUAAACUGAAGAUACUUUCAUCUUUUA